GUAGUGUCGAAAUCUGAACACCAAGACGGCUGCCAUGAACCUCCGUGCUGAACAAACGUGUUUCCUUCUGACCACUGUGAUAUUCCUCCAUGUGGCUGCAGACCUCCAGGCUCCAGGAGUGCACACAAAGCUUGGGAGCCUUCGAGGUCAGUAUGUGAGUGUAAAGGGGAAGGAGACCGGGGUCCAUGCCUACCUGGGUGUCCCAUUUGCCAAGCCACCCAUAGGCCCUGCUCUGAGACUGGCUGCACCCCAGCCUGUAGAGGGGUGGGAGGGAGUGAGAGACGCCACCCAGCAGCCACCCAUGUGUGUUCAAUAUAAAAAGAUAUCUCAAGAUAUGCUUGAGAAAUUUGUUGGUAUGAUCGUUGAACUCCCAGAGAUUUCAGAGGACUGCCUCUACCUCAACAUUUACAUUCCUGCAAAGAAAGCCGUCGGUACCAAGCUACCAGUCAUGGUCUGGAUCCAUGGUGGAGGGUUUACCAUUGGGUCAGCUUCAACAUAUGAUGGCUCAGGCCUGGCUGCAUACCAGGAUGUGGUUGUGGUUCUGAUCCAGUACCGCUUGGGACUUCUGGGCUUUCUCAGCACUGGAGAUGAGCACAUGUCGGGGAACUUUGGCAUGUUGGACCAGGUUCAAGCUCUGAGGUGGAUCCAGGAGCACAUUCAUAACUUUGGAGGAAACCCAGAUUUAGUCACCAUAUUUGGGGAGUCUGCUGGUGGAGUGAGUGUAUCCCUCCUGCUUCUCUCCCCAUUGUCGGAUGGCCUGGUCCACCGUGCCAUUGCUGAGAGUGGCACUGCUGCGAUGGAUGUACUCCUUGAAAAUGAGCCGCUCCCAGUGACGCAGAUUGUUGCAAAUAUGUCUGGCUGUAGCGUCGAAAGCACAAAGAUGAUCGGGGAUUGCAUGAAAAACAUCGGUCUUGACACAAUUAUUGGUAUUGUGGAGACUCAACAAUUGAAAAUUUCUAUAAAUGUCGACGGUGUCUUCUUGACAAAACGUGUGGAUGAGCUGUUUGGUGCACACGAACUGCUCACGAUACCAUUCAUGACCGGCGUCAAUAAUGAUGAAGGGGGCUGGUUACUGAGUGAGUUCUUUGCUCCUCCAAACUGGACGGAGGGAAUUGAUAAGGAGCACAUCACGAACAUGCUGAACAUGUUCUACCCCAAUCCCAAAGACGCGCUCUUCAAGGAAUUGUUAACAGCUGAUUAUAUUGGCGCAGGUGAAGAUCGUGUGAAAAAUAGAGAUGGGUUCACUGAGAUUAUUGGAGACAUGAUGUUCACCCUUCCAGCCAUUAAGGCGGCUAAUAUUCACAGAGAUGCUGGUGCCCCCACAUACCUGUAUGAGUAUCAGCAUACUCUCAAAUCCAUGCAGACGAAAAGGCCAAGCUUUGUUGGCAGCGACCAUGGAGAUGAAAUCUUUGCUGUAUUAGGAUUAUGCUUCACAACUACCCAUAUCAAAUUAUCUGAGGGAUGCGAAGAGGACGAGGAACAGCUGAGUAGAACCAUGAUGAGCUACUGGGGAAACUUUGCUCGCACAGGGUCUCCUAAUGGUGACGGCCUGGUCCACUGGCCAAAGUAUGGAGCAGAAGAAGACUACUUGAGUAUUGAUUUAAAGGAGCAGGUAACUCGUCAGCACCUGAAGAAGGACAAGAUAUUCUUCCUGACUCGCACUGUCCCGGAGAAGAUCCGACAACACAAGGAGAAGGAGGAGCGCAACGAGCUGUAAAGCCACUGCUCCCCCAUUAUAAUUGUUUUUAUUGAUUCCAUCUUCAACCACAAGAAUGAUUAAUAUUGUUAUCAAUUUGGUCAACUAAUGUGAUCGAUUUUCAAAUAGCAUCUGAACUUUUAAUAAAAUGCUGCAUUUAAAAGUGGCAGUAGUGAGUCAAAACUUAUUUGGAAGAACACUUGUUAUCACCACUGUGUAUGUUGAAAAUCAGUUUGAAUAUAAAGAAAAUCAGUUUGAAUCAACGGUUGAUAGCCACAGGGAAUACUUUUUUUAAAUAUAAAAAGCCCAAGGGGAACUAUGUAGCAGGACACCAAGUCAUGAGAUACCAUCUGUGUUUGGCCAAAUAUUGGAUUCCAAUGUCAAAUAAAAAUAAAUUCUGAUAUGAUUUA